AUGCCCAAUCUCCUGCAAAUUUUUGGCGAUUUUCGCGAAAAAGUAAGUCAAUGUUAUCAGUUUCGAAAAUUUCGCCGAUUUCCGCAUUUCGCCCGAAUUUUCACUUUGAAACGACACGAUUCUUGCAGGUUGUAUUUCGAGGUGAUUUCGACGAAAAAUCGCCGAUUCGGAACGAGAAAAUGUCGUCGUACGGAGCAAUCGGUGUCGACGACGAUGAGUACGGUUUUUAGAGUUUUGAUUUGAUAUCGGCAAAAAGAACUAGAACAGUCCUGGCUGGAAAACGUUGGUUUCUCAAUAGCUAUAACUGGCGCGGUGGAAGAACGGAGUGUCGUUGAGAACAAAAUGUUUUGAUCUCUUGCGGGUCUCGCAACGAUUUCGGUCAAAACCUGGCGGCAAGAAUCAGGAAAGCAACGAGACUCCUCAUUGGUUGUUUGUUUUCUUCUUCGUCGAUUGCGUAGUGACCAAUGUUAGACCAAAGCGAGAAUUUUAGGAUUUUCGGCAAAGCGCGCUUGAAAAAGGUUUAUUUAGAGGUUGUCCACACUCGUAAAACUUGCUGUUCUAACAGACAUCACACUGUACAUCCGUAAUUCCAGUACGGACCCGCUGUUGGCUGAUGAUCCGCCGCGCCGUCUCCCUCCAGCCGGCGGUGUUCCGAUUGGUCGUCGUCGUGCCGCCUCGGCUUCACAAAUCCAGGGCGCCGGGCCGACGGUCUCGCGGCAACCGUACCUGUUCACGGGCGGUCUUGGACUACGCGACGAGAGCCUCCUUUCGUUGCACUCGGAGGACGAUCUGCACAGAGAACACAACAAUGCGCUCAGAUAUCGAUUGUACAAUCGGCUGGAUCCCGGCGGAGAGCACUUGGUAAUUUUUGACCUAAAUUGAUUUCAAUGUGAUAAUAUUUUCUAAAAAGUUGCAGACAAUGCCGGAUCACGUGCUCCCGCCCUCCCUGUUCUCGAUUCUUCCUUUCGAAGAGCUCAAAGAUGUGUCCGGAAAACAGGGAUCGAUUGUCACUAUGUAGAAAAAACAGUUUCCCGCCCACUCAUUUCACAUUCACAUUCAGAUUCUCGAUCUGGAACACCAUGAUGGGCACGUCGUUGCUCGCGAUGCCGUGGGCGUUGCAGCAGGCCGGACUCGUGCUCGGCGUGCUCAUAAUGCUCGUGAUGGCGGCCAUCUGCUUCUACACCGCCUACAUUGUGAUCGAGAGUCCGAAGCGAUUGCGUGAGUCGUCGACCGCGGACUUGGAAUUUCCUAGGCCAACCUCGUGUUUUUCCAGAAGACCUCUCGAUCGACCCGCAGCUGGCCGAGUUCUCGGAUGUUUGCAAAUCUCUUUUCGGCCGCGUCGGCGAGUACUCGGCCGUCGUGUUCAGUGUGUGCGUGCUGCUCGGCGGCGUCAUCGUCUACUGGGUGCUUAUGUCCAACUUUUUGUAUUACACGGGCGCCGUCGUCUACGAGGCGAUGCAGCCGAACAGUUCGACCAUUCCGAUCAUGGAGAACAAGACGUUCACGUGCGAUGGUGCGUACUAUACAAAUCUUCACUGCUGCAAAGAUUAAUUGAUCUGCAGUAAAGGCACAAUAUCCGCUAUUCGUCUGUAGUUUCGUAGUUUCACGUACGACUACAUUAACAAGUUCAAGAACUGAACAGAAGGCUUACAAUUUUGCAAUCAAUCGCGCUCUACUGUUCUCCACGUCAAUUCAGUUGUGUUCUUUGACAAUGGCGCUCUACCGCAACCAAACUGAAUGCGAUUCAAUAUCCUUUAUGUUCAGUUUUCGAACUUGUCAAUGAAUUAUGACGGCAGUUCUCUGCAAUCGUUUCUCAACACAGCGCGAUUGCAGUGAAAUGCAAUCAUAAUAGUCUUCCUGCGAUUGAGUUCAUUUGAACCAGAUCGAAAAACCUCUCAAUUACCGUACACGAUAUUCCCAAUUGCAGUUUACUGCCCGGAGCAAAUGUCGCAAUGGACGAUUCCGCAGUGGGAGAAACAAAUGUACGAGGCGGUGUCGGAGCUCGAAGGCGACGGCGAGGAUUCGUGGAGCUUCGACAAGUUUUGGACCCUCCGCGGAACGGUGCCAGUCUAUUUGGCCGUUGCCUUAUUUCCCCUGAUGAACUUCAAAUCGCCCACGUUCUUCACAAAGUUCAACGUGCUCGGAACCGGUAGGAAAAGGGUCUAGAAUCAUCGAAAAAUGGGAAUACUUUGCAGUUUCGGUCAUGUACUUGUUGAUUUUCGUCUUCUCAAAGUUGCUCGAAUGCGGUGUCAAUAUGGAUUUUACGAAUCCGCAAUCGAUUCAUUAUGUCAAGUGUACGUAAUCGUUUGGAGCGCGUUUGCUCACUCAGUCAAGGAGUUAGCAAUUAACAUUUCUUAACGUUUUCAGUGGCGAACAUGCGUUUUCCGGCGCUAAGCGGAACGUUGACGCUCUCCUACUUCAUCCACAACGCCGUGCUCACGAUUCUCCGCAACCAGAAGCGUCCGGAGAACAACGCGCGCGAUCUUUCGAUCGGCUACGCACUCGUUGCCUUCUGCUACGUCUUCAUCGGCCUCACGUUCUUCGCGGCGUUCCCCGUGCAGCGCUCGUGCAUCAGCGACAACUUUCUCAACAAUUUCGGCGCCGGCGACGUGCUCUCCUCGACCGCCCGCCUCUUUCUGCUCUUCCAGAUGAUCACCGUCCUGCCGCUGCUCAUGUUCCUCGUCCGCUCGCAACUUUUCUACGCGAUUUGCGGCACCAUUUGGCCCGGAACGAUUCGCGUCAUUGUUCUGAACGUGGCGCUCAUUGCGGUCGCCGUCGGAUUCGCCACCUUCUACCCGAACGUUGGCAGCAUUUUGAGGUUUUAACACUUUUUCUUGCUGAAAACCGCCCACUUCCAAUUUCAGAUACGUCGGCUCGAUUUCGGGCCUCGUCUACGUGUUCGCCCUCCCGUCAAUGGUCUAUCUGCGGCAGAGCUCGGCGGCCGGCACUUUGACACCCCUCAAAAAGUAUGCUCACUACGGGAUAAUCGCGGUCGGAGUAGCCAAUCUUGCCGCCCAAUUUGUAAUUUGA